UGGUGCAAUAAGUUAGAAUGAGAAAAAAUAUACUUGUCUUACUUUAACUUAUUGCACCGGUGCAACAGUGCAGCUAGAAAGAACAGACCAGUUGUCGAUUAUAUUCAUCGAAAUAUUGAACAGUGUCGAUAUUUUGGAUACUUGAUAAAAUAUCGUAUUAAAAACCAUGUAGCAUUUCUUGAAGAUUUUUUGCUAAAAAAUUAAAUAAGAAUAGCAACAAGAGGAUACGGAGAGAGAAAAAGGCUGUACGUUAAUACUGUAUCCAUUUUGUAAAAGGAAAUGUUUUUGUAAAAAAAAGAAAAAUAAAACGAGAAAACUGAUUAAUAUUAUAUUAUUGAAUGUCAUCGAAGAUGCCGGUUUAUCAAGAAGCUGAGCUAUUCCUGCGCUCUAAUUGGCCGAGUGUAAGCGUAAAAGAUGGAGUAGGCGUAGGAAAUAAAAUUAAUUUAUUUUGCUUAUGCCCUUAUGCCUACUGUUACUUCUUACUCCAUACUUACUCCAUAUAAUCAAAUUCAAGCACAAACAAUUAUUGUUAUUCAUCCGGGCUCCAUGUACCUUCGUAUGGGUCGUGCUUCUGACCUAAAACCUAUUACGUUAUUACAUGCUGUAGCAAGGAAACGUUUACAGAAUGGUACAAAAUACAAGGAUGAUUUCUUACCUCCAGCUGUGACAUUACAGACAAAAGAAUUGACACAGGCAAUGGAAGAAUCUCGGCUGCAAGUGUCACAUACCCUACAGUCCUGUUUACAGUCUGAUGGUAGUCGACGAUAUGCAACACCACCGCAACAGAUAGCCGCUUUCAAUCGCAGAUCUACUCCGGACAUUUCCUCUCCCAGCAACAUGAAGUGGACAACGACUGACCGUGAAAUAGUCGUUGGUGACGAUAUCUUGUCACUAGAUCCGGAUGAGGAAUGCAAUUUUAAUAUUCAUUUCCCAUAUAGAAGAGGGGAGCUCAAUAUACAUUCAGGUCCAGGUGGUAGCAUAACGGCUGUCAUGGCAGAUUUAAAAACUAUCUGGGAAUAUGUACUGACAGAGAAGCUAGAUAUACCUCUCAGAGAUUUAAAGCACUAUCGUGCAGUACUUGUUAUACCUGACAUUUAUCAUCGACCGUAUCUAAAGGAAUUAACGACGCUCUUACUGGACGAGAUUGGUUUUGGACGCUGUAUUCUACUGCAAGAUCAUGUAGGCGCAAUGUUUGGAGCAGGUUUGGGUUACGCAUGUAUAGUAGAUGUCGGUGCUCAGAAGGUAUCAGUUUCGUGCGUGGAGGAUGCAAUUUCUCACAAGGAUACACGAGUACGCAUGGAUUACGGCGGCGCGGAUGUCACGCAAACGUUUCUCUGGCUUCUACAAAAAUCCGCAUUUCCAUACAAAUCAUGCGAUCCUACUAACAAGUUAGACGUGUUACUCUUAGAGCAGUUGAAAAUAGAUUUUUGUCACGUGGAUUUAAAUGUGUGCGGUUCACAGGAGAAAACGUUUGUUGUCAGAAAACCAAAGCAGCAAACAGAAACAUAUACUAUUCAGGUUGGCGAUGAAUGUUUAAUAGCGCCGUUGAGCUUAUUUCAACCCGAACUGUUUAGAAUUACCGGAACGCAUAAUGUUCAUGUUCAAAAACGAUCAUUAGGAGAUCCAGAAGAUCCUUACGAUGAGAACUAUUUAAGAGAAACGAGUAGACGUGGUAUGAAAGAAACUCUGGAUCAUUCAUCAGAAAUGCAAGAGGAAACAGCGGCUGCACCUGCAACUGUAGGUGACGACGACGUUGUAGUUGACGCCGUUGGUGAUCCUGUACCUAGUCUGUCAAAUCGUGAUUUGGACGUUCCUCGAGAUUUCGUGAUCCCGCAACAACUGUUGGGUCUCGAUCAAGCCAUAUUGCAAAGUAUUGAACGUUGUCCCAACGACGACCUCAAAAGAAAAAUGUACAGUUGCGUACUGAUCGUAGGAUCAGGUUUAAAAUUCAAAGGUAUUGGCAUGUGGCUUCGCAACCGAAUAUCUCUUCAAACUCCUUACAUGUACAGACCCGAACAACUAGAUAUUAUAACACAGCCGAAAGAUAUGGAUCCUGGUAUGACAACGUGGAAAGGAGCAGGGAUUUUAAGCUGUUUGGAGUCAGCUCAGGAAUUGUGGAUUACUCGAACGGAAUGGCAUCGCUGGGGCGUUAGAAUAUUGAGAGAAAGAUCUCCUUUCUUGUGGUAGAAAAUAAUUUGUUUACUGAGGAAUUAUUAAUAAAUACUGCAAAUAAGUGUUUUUUUUUUUCUUAUCUUUUAUUUAUAUUUGACAACUGUUAUCUUACCAUGGGACUGCAUCAUCCCAAGUAGAAAUAUAUCUAGUCGAUAUGAUUCAGCAAAUUAACGUCAUUUUAUCAAAAAUCAGUUUAGUGACUGAAAAUUCAUAAUAUUUUCGCUGUUAAGUACUAAUUUAAUACUAAUGUAUAUCAAGACUUCUGUCGUUGAAUAGUGAAUAAAUAACAAGAUAUAAUAAAAAUAAUAAUAUAAAUAGUACAAAUUAAAUAAUUAUUAGGAGAAGUGAGCGUUACACAUUGUUAUUAAAUAGUCAUUAUGUAAAAUGCCAUUUUUUCCAUUUCAUAAUUAGACUAGAUAAAAAUGAGAUUUAAUUUCUACUUGGAAUGGGGUUUAUAAUAUGGGGUUAACUCUUCAUUAACUCUCGUUUAAUAAAUGAACCUUCUAGUAUAAAUAUCCUGUCGCGCCUAUUUGUGUGUUACUGUAUCAGUGCAACAUUGCCACAUAUAAGUUUUCUGCGAUCACAUAAAGAUGACAGAAAAGAACCUAAAUUAAUCAAAGAAAUAAAAGUAUAUAGUAAACAAUGUUGCGAAAACACAACCUAAAAAGACUAAAAAUAAAGAGAUAAAACAUCGACUAAUUUUUAUUUCGACUUGAUUAAUCUCGACAGGCUCGAUAUCGCAGUAAAUCAGUAAGAUUAGACUACAACAUGAGUUGUAUCGACUGUAUCUAUUUGCUCUCGCCAGCCGCGGAUUGCAUGAAACGAAGUUAAAAAACAAUUAUACAAAUAUCUAAAAGGCUAUGUGUGAAAAAUAAAAAAGUUUUGAACUUAACUUUAAUGUUACAAAACUCAAAUAUAAACAAUUGUAAGUUUGCCCCAUACGAGAGUAAUAUAAAGGGUUAAAAUCCAUAAUAAAAUAUUUAAAAAAUUUAUAGAUAAUUAUUUAAUAUCAUAAUAACUUAAUUAAUCUAAAUUUAGUUCUACGAAUUUAGUUAUUACGACGAUAUUGUAUAAUAUUACUUCUAAUAAUGGAUAUUUAUAUUAACUUAAAACAUCCACAUAAGUGUCACUCCCCAUAUUAAGUGACAAUGGUUUUUGUAAUCAUGUGAUUUUGUACAUUCUUACCAUUAACUUUGUAAAAAAUUAAUUGCUGUAUAUGAAAAUAAUCAAACCGAUUAUUAUCCCUUAAAACCAUUAUUGCUCAGAAAUUCAUCACAACAAAAUAGAAAGUUUUUCAAUUAUAA